AGACCGGUUCUGGAGACAAAAGGGGCCGCGGCGGCCGGAGCGGGACGGGCCCGGCGCGGGAGGGAGCGAAGCAGCGCGGGCAGCGAGCGAGUGAGCGCGCGGCGGCCCCUGGUCCGCCCGGCCGCGGCCGAUCUAGGGGCUGGGGGCUGGAGGCGGGGGUGGGGGUCUGAGCUGCGUCCUGGGCUCGAGGCGUCCCCCGGGGAGUCGCCUCUUGGCGGAUGCAGCACCGAGGCUUCCUCCUCCUCACCCUCCUCGCCCUGCUGGCGCUCACCUCCGCGGUCGCCAAAAAGAAAGAUAAGGUGAAGAAGGGCGGCCCGGGGAGCGAGUGCGCUGAGUGGGCCUGGGGGCCCUGCACCCCCAGCAGCAAGGACUGCGGCGUGGGUUUCCGCGAGGGCACCUGCGGGGCCCAGACCCAGCGCAUCCGGUGCAGGGUGCCCUGCAACUGGAAGAAGGAGUUUGGAGCCGACUGCAAGUACAAGUUUGAGAACUGGGGUGCGUGUGAUGGGGGCACAGGCACCAAAGUCCGCCAAGGCACCCUGAAGAAGGCGCGCUACAAUGCUCAGUGCCAGGAGACCAUCCGCGUCACCAAGCCCUGCACCCCCAAGACCAAAGCAAAGGCCAAAGCCAAGAAAGGGAAGGGAAAGGACUAGACGCCAAGCCUGGAUGCCAAGGAGCCCCUGGUGUCACAUGGUGCCUGGCCCACGCCCUCCCUCUCCCAGGCCCGAGAUAUGACCCACCAGUGCCUUCUGUCUGCUCGUUAGCUUUAAUCAAUCAUGCCCUGCCUUGUCCCUCUCACUCCCCAGCCCCACCCCUAAGUGCCCAAAGUGGGGAGGGACAAGGGAUUCUGGGAAGCUUGAGCCUCCCGCAAAGCAAUGUGAGUCCCAGAGCCCGCUUUUGUUCUUCCCCACAAUUCCAUUACUAAGAAACACAUCAAAUAAACUGACUUUUUUUCCCCCCAAUAAAAGCUUUUCUUUUUUAAUAUAUAAAAGCCCCUU